AUGGCAUCCGCCGCGCUUCUCCGCCCGGCCCCCCUCGCGUGCCUUCCAAACGCCUUUCCUCUCGCGCAAGGCCCCGCGUCGGCUCGCCGUCUCUCGCUGGGGAAGGCCGCGGGAACGACGAGACGCAGCACGCGGGGAGGUAUCUCAUCUCAUCUGCAGCGUACGUCCUCGUUAGAAGCCUUCUACGCCUCUGAGAGCAACGCCCAUUCGGCGAGCGCACUCUCUUUUGCUCCUUUCCCCGCCGCGCUUUAUCGUUGCCCCUCCUUCCGCCCCGCUCCUUCUGCCCCGCUUCCUCUCGGCCAACUUCAACGUUGCCCUUCCGCCCUUCCGCCCUUCCGCCCUUCCGCCCUUCCGCCCUUCCGCCAUUCCGCCCUUCCGUCCUUCCGCUCUUCUUCCUUUCCGCCUUUCUGCCUUUCCGCCCUUCCUCACUUCCGCCCUUCUGCCCUCUCCUAUCUGACGCCUUCCCCGCCCCCCUUGCGCGCAGGCCUGCGCGUGCGCGCGGAGCAAGGAAGGCGGGCGGGGGAGACAGAGCAGCGCAGCGCAGCGGGGGAGGAGGAAUCGCGGAAUGAGCUCCGCCUCAUGUCCGUUGCGCCCAUGCCCGUCGCCGCCCUUGCCGCUGGUAGGCUAAAGGGGAAAAGGGGGGAGGGGGGAAGGGAGGGAGGGGCGGAAAAGGGGAGGGGGGAGAGGGGGAGCGCGGGUGGCGGGAGUGGGGAGGGGGGAAGAGGGGGAGGGUGGGGAGGAGGGGAGGGGGGGAGGCCACCAACUCUCCUGCUUGCCUUCCCUUUCCCCCCCAUCUAUCUUUCCACCCUUCCCCCCUCGCCCCCCCACUCUCCCCCUUCCUUUUUCCUCCUCCCCUCCACUCUCCCCCUCCCUUUCCCCCCCCUCUCUUCUUUCCCCCUCUCCAUUUCCCCCCUCCCCAAUCGCCCAGCUGACGCCUUGAGAGAGCUGUUAGAGCCGUAUGGGGAGUUGGUGCGUUCCUGGAAUCUUCCUGACUGGCUCAUCCACUGGGGGCAUCCCGGCAACAUGGCAGUGGUUCUUCUAGCCAUGGGGGGAUACGGCUCCUACCUGGGAUGGCAGAUUCGCCUCGCCUCGUCACCUGAGGCCAAGGCAGCAGCGCGGGCAGCCCACCCGCCCAUCAUGGGCUUCAUGUUUCUCUUCUUCGCCAUCGGUGCCACUGGUGGGCUCACCUCCCUUGUCACCACCGGCCGACCCAUCUUUGAAAGCCCCCAUGCUUACUCAGGCAUGGCCGGUCUCGUGCUGCUCACCAUUCAGACUGCAAUGACUGCCCUCUUCAAGGGCAAUCCUGACCUGCGGGGUGUGCAUGGCUCUUUGGGGAUUCUUAUUAUGGUGCUUUUUGUUGCUCAUGGGCUUCUCGGGCUUCAGCUGGGCCUAAGUUAUUAG